AUGAAAAUGACCCAAAUGAUUUUUAUUGCAUCAAAUAAAAAUUGGAUAAAAAUCAAUUUGUUAUAGGAGACUUAUAGAUAAUUAGAAACUCAGUUCUUUGUAAACAAUUCAAAUUAAUAUUAAGCACUUCAAAAUUGCAAUUUAAAUUUAAAUUAACUAAAGUUCUUAAAGAAUUUUGAGUCAGCCUAUCAAGAAUAUGAGAAAACCAAAAGAUAUGAUGAAUUCAUCAUCACAAUACAAUCUAUUUGCUUAGAAUUCGAUGAUGAGACAGAAGAUAAGUCAGCAAUUUUUGAUACUUUUUAAGUGAGAUGCCAAUCUAAUUUUACUGGAUUUUGUCCUUCUAAACACAAAGUUGGAGGCUAUUCUACUGAUAAAAUUAGUUAAUUCCACUCUAACAAUACAUUGAUAUCUAAAAACUCCACUCCCAAUGAAAAAUAAAAAUAAUUAGAAUGUUUGAAUGAGAAAAAUAGGAGGAUUGAACAUCUUUUAAUAGAAAAUUCGAUAUUUGCCAAGUAGAUUCAAUUCUUUCAAGAGUAAAUCAAUAAUCUCAAACAAAAUCUUGAACCAAUUGAUGUGUGA